AUGAAAGCCAUAUUAUUUGUCGCUCUAAUCCUUUGUUUUGCCAAUUGCAGUCUUGAAACUAUCGGACUCAGACACAAACUGUCCCAAAUUAUUGAAGAACAUCAAUCAAGCUUGUAAGAAAAAUAAAUGUCUGGUGGAUGGAUCAAAUAACCAUUGGAAGAAUUUGAACAACAAAACAAUAACAUUAUCGUAUCCUCUUUAAAAGCUGUUGAAGACAAAUAUGCUUUAUCUGAAGAUGGAUACGAAUAUGAAAAGUUACUUCAAGUCACUACUCAAGUUGUCUCAGGAAUCAACUAUAAAGUUCUGGUCUAAUAUGCAAAGGAGGAUGCCAAAAGAGUUUUCGAAGUCUAACAAUAUGUUGUUCCCUGGAACCCAUCAGCCAAUUCAAUUACCAAAGUAGAAGAAAUCAUUUCAUCAAACUAAUGAAUAAGAAUUAUAAUACACAAUAAUAUUAAUCUAUUAUUUUGAUCUUAGCAAUACAGCCCA